UUCUCUUCUCGUCGAAAAUGGUGGAGAGCACUGCUGCUCCAGCGGCAGCGCAAGAUGCUACUCCAGCGGCAGCGCCAGAUACUGCUCCAGCGCCAGGGCAUCCUCCAGGUCCCAGCGCCUUGGAGAAGCGAGUGGCUGAUCUCUCCGGCCCUUCCAUGGCCUUGGAGGAACGAGCAGCACAACUAGCUGCGAGCGUCAGUGUACGUAGGCGAGCUCCAGCUCCUCCAAGACCUCUCGACUUUGCCAGACUCGAGAACAGCAAAUUCGGCCUCAAGGGAGUUUUCGCCGGUUUCUUUUUCGUCAAUCUAGCAGUGAUUGGUGGUCUUCUCAUGGCUGAUAGACGAUACAAGUUCUCGCCUUUUCACCCCGAAAACAAGUGGGAAUCCUCCACUGCUACAAAGAGACGAUUCAGGGAACUGGCUGUCGACAAGGAACGAGCCCUUGUAGAAGAAGAAAGAGCUCGAAAUCGCCAGUUGUAAGUAAGCAAAUUCUUUUCCUUCUUUGGCUUGAAGAUAUACAAGGUUCCUAGUUCCCAACUUGCUUGCAAGGAUCAAAAGUGAAGGAGAGCACAUUCUCUCUGGGUAUUAUUCCGAAACAUACACCGAGACUACCCCUGUUGAGAAAGAGAGGAGAGAAUGAGAAAACAAUGAGAAAUAAUUUGCUGUGCUAUUUUGGUUUUUUACUCAUUUAUUUUUCCACAUUAUUAUUA